CGACAGAAACCUUCAUCUGACCACCAGGAGCAGCAGCAGAGACGUCGGACAAUGUGUCCCGUGUGGCUAUUGGUGGCUGUGGUGGUUGUGGGCGGAGCCAAAGGAGCCGCCGGUCAGUGCUGGGAGCAUCCGAGCUGCCAGGACCUGAGCUCUGAGAGCAGCAUGAUGGACUGCCUCCAGCUCUGUCGCUCCGACCUCACUGCCGAGACGCCUGUUGUCCCCGGCAACGCCCACCUCCAGCCGCCGCCUCCGUCAGACGCCUCCUCCAGCCAGGCCAAGCGCUCCUACUCCAUGGAGCACUUCCGCUGGGGGAAGCCUGUGGGCCGGAAACGCCGCCCAAUCAAGGUGUACACCUCCAACGGCGGGGAGGAGGAGUCGGCCGAGGUGUUCCCCGGAGAGAUGAGGAGGCGGGAGCUGGCCAACGAGCUGCUGGCGGCGGCGGAGGAGGAGAAGGCGAUGGAGGAGGAGCAGCUCCUGCAGGAGAAGAAAGACGGUUCGUACAAGAUGAAGCACUUCCGCUGGAGCGGCCCGCCGGCCACCAAACGCUACGGCGGCCUCGUGAAGAGCUGGACCGAACAUGGCCAACGACCGCUGCUCUCCGACAACGGCAUCACCAAGGACGGACAGCAGCAGAAGUGAGCAGAAGAAGACGAGAGGAGCUAAUCAGUGGGGUGUUCUCAUUGGCCAACGAGCUCGUUAGCAGACAAUUUAGUGACCUGUCAGCAGCUCUGAAGCUGCUGCCUGUUACAUGAUCCAGAAUGAGCGACAGAAAGGAAAGAGAGAGCGAGAAGGAUGUUUUGAUAUUUAUUGG